AUCUAUCUCGUAUCAGCCACAUGGUGAUCUACUGUACAUCAUUCACCCGGACGGGAGACCUGGCGCAUCCCCGUCUUGUACUUGUAGCUGUAAAAGUACAUGUCACCCCGUAAGGGGCGUUGUAACCCCGACGAUAUGUCGACCGUGAUGAUGUAUAGACACACAAACACACGUAUCAGUUUUCUACCAACUCUCCGGGUUUUUGUCAUAGUUUCUCCCAAAUUCUAGUAGCCUGGGUAUCAUCCUGGGAUCACAUACUCCCAAGUGCUUACUCAGGCUAUAAUACCCAACCCACCGCCCGCUCAGUCCCCAGAGAGGUUAUGCCUGAAAAAACAAAUUUUAAUUAACUCAAGAAGUUGUCCUCAAAAUAUACCAGUCGUGCUAAGAGCCUGUCUCGUGCGGAGGUGUCGUGGUCAAUCACGAUGUGGCCAUGGCCACACGUACGCCGAAAACUCACAAAUGUGAGUGUGGCCGACCGCGAUGUGCCGACAACGGUGUUUGUAUCAAAACAAAACGUCGGCACAUGGUGGAAAAAGAAGAAUAUCGCCGAUCAAAGAAGCGGCUUGGGGAGAAGCCUCCAAUUGCUGUGUUCUUAGAGGACGACAAGGACCCGAGGAAUGAACCCAUAAUCUGCGACGGGUCCUCGCUGUGGCCUACACUUGGCUUCGUUUGUGCGGUGAUGAAACUGAGGGCCGACAACCCUGGAAUGUCCCAGGAAUGUGUGACUCAGGUGCUCCAACUAUAUAAGAGAGUACUGGAUGACAAUAACAUCCCAAACAGAAUCCCCCACUCCUUCAAGGACGCCAAGUCAAAACUGAACGAUCUUUUGCCGCGUUGCGAAACGUACGAUGUGUGCCAGAAUGACUGCACAAUAUAUUUCGGGGAAAAUGUGUACGAAACCACCUGCCCCACGUGUAAAGAACCACGGUUUGACGGGAAUGGAAAGGCGAAAAAGGAGUUCUACUACUUUCCGCUGAUAGAAACAGUAAAAUCCCUUUACGGCGUACCAAAGCUGGCCCAAAUGCUACAGCAGCACGCAUCCUUCCUUGAAGAGGACGUCCCGCGGUUCGUUGCGGACAUUAGGGAGACAGCAAUCUGGAAACAUCUGUACAGCGCGGACGGCUUAUUUGAGGGAGAAGCAAGAUCUUUGGCCUUUGGGUACAGCACAGAUGGGGGAGAGCCAAAUGAUCACCUUGGCAUACCUUGUUCCAUUUGGCCCUUGUGCUUUAAGAUUUUCAACUUGGACCCAGAGGUUAGAGAUAAGGUCGGGCUCCUGCUACUCUUGGGCAUGACAAAAGGACCAAAGGCACCACACACCAUGAACGCCCUCCACGAGCCCAUGGUAGCCGACAUCCUGACACUACUAGAAGGGGUUGAGGUAUGGGACUCGUGGAGGCAGGAGUUCUUCAUGCUCAAAGGGGACGUCCAGUCAUACGAAUUUGACUGGCCGGCUAGAAGCAAAGCAACCAACCACCAAGGCCACAGAGCAACAUCUGGUUGCCCCAUGUGCUUCCAGGAGGCAAUAUACGACAAACAAGCCAGGGUGUCAACUUUUACUGACAGCCGGCGGCAUCUGCCAAUGCACCACCACCUGCGUUUCGACCGAGAAAACUUUCCGGGUAAGGAGGAAGAACAUCGGGGCCCACCACAUCUGAAAACAGACAUGAAUGUUUAUGGACGGGCAGUGGACGACCUGGGCGAUGAGAUCAGCCAGAAGAAAAGUGCAGGGAACAAAGUCGCUAGGUACAUUACAAGAGCGAGGAGUGAAAUCACGUCGAUGACUGGGAAGACCGGACUAGAGAAACUUGCGGACAUUCCCACAUAUUCCAUUAGCAGAGUGCAUGUGGACUACAUGCAUACAGGCAAGAACAUAGCACACUCCAUGUUUGAAGUGCUCACAGGAAGCAAACAAAACUUCGAGGCGAUCGUCCAGAUGGAGAAGUCAAUGGGACGUUUUAACUGCAGUUCAGACAGCAGAACACAAGUGUAUCAGCUGAGCAAGGAGCAGAUCGCAGAGGCCGACAGGAGGCUGCUCACUGUGAAAGUCCCGAUCGGCUAUGAUUUCAAGAUCCGAGCCAUGUUCAAGAAGGCCAUUGGGACAAAAUCCAUUGAGUGGAUUAAGUUUUUCACAGAGGGCUUAUGCAUCUUUGCUACACGGGACAUGCUGCCUCCUGCGCAGAGUGGCACUCUAAGCAGGCUCUGUCAUACACUACAGGCCAUUGGCUCCCCUGUAGUAGACAUGGAAUCGCUUCCAGCAUUGGAUCUCCAAGUCCACGAAACCUUCAGUCUACUGGAGAGGGAUUUCCCCAUUGGCUUCAGGACUUUAAUGUGGCAUCUACCACAUCACAUGGUCCAGAUCGUUAAGGAAUACGGACCUAUCACUGGACUGUGGCUCACUCCUUUCGAGCGUUACAUGAAGGUCCACUUGUCCAGGAUGACGAGUAGGAGCCAUCCAUCCAAGUCUUCUAUUGAAGCGCACAAGGUCAGCUUUCUCUGCAGACUCAUGGAGUUUGCUGGCAAGAUGCCCACCUUACCAGACCACUUUGAAAGCGGCGACCCAUCAGAGCUUACAGAGGAAUGUGAAGAGGAGCAGGGAGAAGAGGAGGAUGCGGGUCUUUCAGUAGCUGAAACAUCUGCUACCACACUUCACCACCUGAAGGGCACCAUACCCCUUCCGGUACUGGUAGAGCUAGACAGAGAACAGCAUUGCUAUAUGGUCACCUAUGUGGCAGAGAACUCUGGGGUCCCUGUGAACCCCAAUGACACUAGCGCAUGGAAGUACUUCGCAGCUACGUCCCGGCAUCCCAGAACAAAGCGCCUACAAGAGUACCGCUGUGAGGAGAUUGAGGCCAAAACAUCUGCCAAAAGCAUCUCCUCAGUUGUAGGCGUAGUAGACCAAGAUUGUGUCUACUUUGGCCGAAUCCAGUACUUCGUGUUAUUCGGCCAACACGAAGUGCCAUACAUUAAGUGGUACGGCAGGGGGGAAAGGGAUGCCGGGACAAAGCUGUGGACCGUCCAGCUAUCUGGUACUCCGCCAUGCUGGAAGGUCAACCCAUUCAAACCCUUCCACAAGAUAACCAAGCCUUUGGUUCAUGCCACUGAAGAUAACAAACUGUUCAUACUGGACUGCCAUGACAUUGACUUAUAGAUAACUUUGUAACACUACGCCCCCCCCCCCCCGUACCUGUACCAC